GUCCGUUUUGAUGCCAAGUUGAAAAACAAGCGGGCUGUGUUGAAUGACAUCCACAUCCACUCCUCGCAUGGGCACACCUGCCGUUGUAUGUUCAACCAACCAACUAUCGGCCGUUUCCUGCUCUUGCCCCACCUAACACACUUCGUCAGACCAAGACUCUCGUGGUUUCCUUUCACGGCAUUAAUAUAAAGUAACCCGUUCCCCCGUCUUCUGUACAACAAAAAGUCUUUUUCAACCACAAAACCAACAUUUUCUCAAUAGACUUUUGGACGUAGACCAGCCUUCAUCAAAACGCUCGUCCACUCUUUCACGAAUAGUCCCACCAGUCCACCCAUUGCCCACGCCUUCCCGGAACCAAUCACUACCUACACCGUCAACAUGGGCAAGAAGGCUGUUCACUUCGGCUCAGGCAACAUUGGCCGUGGUUUCGUCGCCUGCUUCCUCCAUGAGUCGGGCUAUGAAGUUGUCUUCGCCGAUGUCGUUGAUGCUCUUGUUGACUCGCUCAAUAACACCCCCUCUUACAAGGUCAUCGAGGUCGGCGCUGAUGGCACGGACACCAAGACUAUCACCAACUAUCGCGCCCUCAAUUCGAGAACGCAAGAGGCCGAGUUGAUUGAGGAAAUCGCGACCGCCGAUGUGGUCACCUGCUCAGUUGGCCCCAACAUCUUGAAAUUCAUUGCCCCUCCCAUCGCCAAGGGAAUUGACAAGCGAUCAUCCGACCUGAAGCCCCUUGCCGUCAUCGCCUGCGAAAACAUGAUUGGCGCCACCGACAAUCUCGCUGGUUUCAUCAAGGAUGCCAAGAACACCCCCGUGGAUCGCCUUGCCUCGCACGAGGAGAGAGCUGCAUAUGCCAACUCUGCCAUCGAUCGCAUUGUCCCCGCACAAGAUGCCAACGCUGGUCUCAACGUCACUCUUGAGAAGUUCUAUGAAUGGGUCGUCGACAAGACUCCCUUUGCUGACGAGCCGCCCUCUAUCGACGGCAUCAAGUGGGUUGACAACUUGCUGCCUUACAUCGAGCGCAAGCUCUUCACGGUCAACACCGGGCAUGCUACUGCUGCCUACUGGGGUUACCAUAUGAACAAGAAGACCGUAGACGACGCCCUGCGCGACAAGACCAUCAAGGCUCAGGUCAACCAGGCUCUUACGGAGACAAGCAGACUCAUUGUCGAGAAGCAUGGCAUUUCGGCUGAGGAGCAGGAGAAGUACAAGCAGAAGAUCAUCCUGAGAAUCAGCAAUCCCCACUUGGCUGACGCCGUUGAGCGAGUUGGUCGUGCGCCCUUGCGCAAACUCGGUCGGAAGGAGCGUUUCAUCUCCCCGGCUUUCGAGUUGGCCGAGAAGGGUCAGGAUGUUACUGCCUUGUUGGCAGCCGCUGACAAGUGCUUUCGCUUCCAAGACGUAAAGGACGAUAACGAGAGUGCUGAGCUUGCUCAGAUCAUGUCGAACAACGACGCGCAUGAGGUUGUGAAGAAGGUCUGUGGUCUACAGGAGUCCGACAAGCUGUUCCCCAAGGUCGUGGAAAUUGUCAAGGCCAUCCAAGCUGAGAAUUGAUUCACCGCCAAGUUGUAGUAAGCUGCGGGAUCCUUUCGAGGUUUACUUUUUCUUUCCACCAACAUGAAGGGAAUAGGCAAUGGAUAAAGGCGUUCAACAGAUACCGGAACUCAUGAAGGGAGCGAGUGCAUCGUAACUGCCGGCUGUCUGCUUGGACCUGGCAUUGGCUUGUACAUAGAUUGACUGAAUUUGACUCCACAUAGUGGGGUUGGUGAGCCUUGGAAAAUUACACAUUUUCAAAUAAAGUAAAUAUCAUGGCUCAACUUGUGCAGUCUUUGAAAA